AUGGACCAGGUCGCGGGCUCUUCGGGCAGCCGGAAGGACGACCUUCAGCCGACCGGGAAUACCAGGAAGAGACGCAGGAUGGCCAGGUCCGACGAACCUCCUUCGACCGCCGGCGUCGACACAUCUUCCACAGCAGACAUUCCCGACACAGGGGCAACCAGACGCCAGAAGCGGAGGAGCGAUCAUCCUCGACUGGGACCAGUUCGGCAGCGCUUAGCACCGGCCGAGAAGAAGAGGAAGGUGAUGAGGCGGAUGGAGAUAUCCCAGCUGAAGAGGGAACUCAAGGCGAGUCAGAGGGAGAAGGAGGAGGUGGAAGCGGAAUGGGAGGAGACGCAUGGGAUGAUGAAUGCGGAUCUAGCAGAGGUCCGCAGGGAGCUUCGGGUCAUUUCGGAUCAGAGCAAGGAUUCCAGUCGUAUCAUCAAGGAGCAGGAAGCAAAGCUGGAGUCUAUCAAGGAGGCUGUGUGUUGCAGUAUCUGCCUUGACUCCCUCAAAGAUCCACACAGUCUCGCCUGUGGCCAUAUCGCCUGCAAACUCUGCCUCGUCAAGUGGUUCUACACGACCGCGGCGUACCUGCAUGAAGUCCCCGACACCGUCAACGGCGACAUUCCUGCCGACUACGACGUGUCACAUCGCGCCAAGAUCUGCCCCACUUGCCGCGCACUCACCAUCCGCCGGCCGACCCGUACCUAUCACCUCGACUCUAUCCUUGCUCUCCUCGGCAUAUCUCCUUCGGCCGGCAUCAGCGCCGAAACCCUCGACGCGGUCGAGGAUCCGUGGUUCAACCUCUUCCCCGUCGAGCGCUCUUCAUACAAGAUCACCGAUGGCGGUCCGGGCUACCGAAUCCUGCGGUGUUCGGAGUGUAUGGGCGAGCUGGACGGACACGGCUGCGAUAGGUGCCAGCUCGACUAUAGUGACAGCGAGGGAGGCGGCGAAGUGGACAUUGAGGAGGGGAAUGGCUCGGAGGAGGACGAUAGCGAAAGGGAUGACGAGGACAACGGCCAGGAUCAGGUCGAUAGAGACCCGCCAGGGCUGGGAGGCUUCGAUGCGGGCUACUUUGCAUUCGACUGGCACGCCCAACACCAAAUGGCGGCAGCCCAGGCGGAGCUUCACGAGCAAAUCAGGGCAGGCUUGCAGAUGCAGGCGUAUCAGCAACUCGCGAUCAAUCGGCUCCUUCUGCAGAGUCUCGCGGGCGGGUCGAUACCGCCAGGAACGGACCUGUUGGGAAUCAGGGCAGGAUGGGGUCAAGAGGGCGCAGAUGGCAGAGUGGAGCAGGAGGGAGAUCAAGCCGAGGACGAGUCGUCGGAGGAGGAAGAAGCAACGGUCGAAGGGGAUGAGGGGGAAGGCAGUCAAGAGAAUGCGUCAGGGGAUGAAAGCCAUGAGGACGGGCACUAG